UCUUUUUAGUGUUCUUGAAGGUGUUUUAACAAAAUUUGGGUCAUACCUUCCAACCGUAUUGUGUGGUCUACUUUCUAGCAGGCUGAGACUAUUCUAAUCUCUGUUCAACAAGUUGAACAUAUGGCAUUGGAGAUACUGGCUGAUGCGUGUUUAUGUUCAAUGUGUGAGAAGCUGAUGACCAAAAAAAAGCUUAUUGCAACUCAGGUGGGAUGUGUGGUACUUUGACAGCCGACUAGACAGUCAGAGUUAUGGAAAUAUUUUGAAAAUGAAGACAAGUUGAUGGUUAUCGGAGCAAAAAAAGGAAACAGCUGAGAGUUUAAAGGAGAAUGGUGGAAACAUGUCAUCUGUGAUGCAAAGAAAACUUACCCGAGUGGUUUUGUUAUAUAUGAUCUGAUGAUGGGAAAGUAUUGACCCAAGACAGAAAAGGGAAGGAUAGCAGUUCUGUAAUAGUGCAGUACAGCUGAAAUUGUAAGUAAGAUUCUGAGGAUUAAUACUGUAGGAUUGGAUUAGUCUAAAUGAUUAAAAAACCCCAGCUCUUUUUCUGUGACUACAAAAAGUGGACUGAAUAGGUUCUUAAAACUGACAACUUUCUCUCUUCAGGUGUGACUUCAGGUCUAUACACAAAGUUAACUUGGUUGGGAUCCCACAAUACAGGCAUGGCAUAACUGUGAGCAUCUCUGGUAUCUGUUUGAAGAGGACACUGUUGGGGGGCCCAGGUAUUUCUUUUAUAUUUUAUAGUUAUAGAGGUGUCCGGACUGUAAUGGUCAAAAGAUUUCCAGUAGAAGAGGAUGAGACAAGAAUUAAAUGCAUGUGGGAGACUCUGGACCUAGGCACUUCAUGCUUUUGAUGCUAGCUGGGAGGGAGCUUGAUAAACACUUUCACCAACUUUUCAUAGAAAAAACAGAUUUGUGGGUCGCUUCCAAACACCAUUGGUACAGAGAGAAAAUUCUGAGUAUGGCUUGAUCUGCUCUUGUGCUUGGCAGUGUUUCUAAUGAGUGUCCCAUGGACUCUAUCAAGUUCAGGGGGUUCUACUCUAGCACUGAGGAGCAGAACCCUGAGCAGCAACCUGGUAUCAGUGAAAACGUUUCUUCGUCAUUCUCUUUAAAAGAGCAGCAGAAAAUGAGUGAUUAUUCCGGACUUGCAAAUAACCAUAGCCAGAUGAUUGCUGAAGAUUCAGAAAUUCAGGCAAAGCCUGAGCACUCUCAUGAAGUUCUUCAGGAAGAUAUUGAAAUGAGCAGUGGAUCCAGUGGAAAUGACUUCAGUGGAAAUGACACAAAUGAAAACUACUCGAGCGGGCAUGAUUCUCAUGGCCAUGAAUCUGAUGAAAAUGGGAAAGAUUCAGCAAUGCUUAUGGAAUCUUCAGACUGUCAUAAAAGUUCAAGCUCAAAUGCAUUUAGUCUGAUGAUUGCAAACUCUGAACACAAUCAGUCUAGCAGUGGAUGCAGUAGUGAGCAGUCCACUAAAGCCAAAACACAAAAGGAAUUGCUGAAAACAUUACAGGAGCUGAAAGCUCACCUUCCUUCUGAAAAGAGAAUUAAAGGCAAAUCUAGUGUCCUAACGACAUUGAAAUACGCCCUUAAAAGCAUUAAACAAGUUAAAGCCAAUGAGGAGUAUUAUCAACUGUUGAUGAUUAAUGAAUCCCAGCCUGCUGGACUCAAUGUGUCAUCCUACACGGUGGAAGAAGUUGAGACCAUAACCUCAGAAUACAUCAUGAAAAAUGCAGAUAUGUUUGCUGUAGCUGUUUCUUUGAUUACUGGGAAAAUUUUGUACAUCUCGGAUCAAGCUGCUUCUAUUCUCCGCUGUAAGAGGGGUUAUUUUAAAAAUGCCAAAUUUGUGGAAUUCUUGGCGCCUCAGGAUGUCAGCGUGUUCUAUACUUCUACUACCCCAUACAGAUUGCCAUCGUGGAAUAUUUGCAAUAGAGCUGAGUCUUCCACCCAGGAUUGCAUGGAAGAGAAAUCUUUUUUCUGUCGCAUCAGUGCAGGAAAGGAGCGUGAGAAUGAGAUAUGCUAUCACCCAUUUCGGAUGACUCCUUACCUUAUCAAAGUGCAAGAUCCAGAAAUAGCAGAGGAGCAGCUUUGCUGUGUAUUGCUUGCAGAAAAAGUACAUUCUGGUUAUGAAGCACCCAGAAUUCCUCCUGACAAAAGAAUUUUUACAACUACACACACCCCGACCUGUUUGUUCCAGGAUGUAGAUGAAAGAGCAGUACCUCUGUUGGGAUACCUACCUCAGGACUUAAUAGGCACGCCAGUCUUGGUGCAUCUUCACCCAAAUGACAGACCCUUAAUGCUAGCAAUUCACAAAAAAAUUCUUCAGUAUGGAGGACAGCCCUUUGACUAUUCACCAAUCAGGUUUUGCACUAGAAAUGGAGACUAUAUAACCAUGGACACAAGCUGGUCCAGUUUCAUCAACCCUUGGAGUCGAAAAGUUUCAUUUAUUAUUGGAAGACACAAAGUUAGGACGGGUCCCUUAAAUGAAGAUGUCUUUGCUGCUCCCAACUAUACAGAGGAUAGAAUCCUUCAUCCCAGUGUUCAGGAAAUCACUGAGCAAAUAUAUCGGCUGUUAUUGCAGCCUGUACACAACAGUGGAUCCAGUGGCUAUGGAAGUCUAGGUAGCAACGGUUCACAUGAGCACUUAAUGAGUGUGGCAUCCUCCAGUGACAGCACAGGAAAUAAUAAUGAAGAGACUCAUAAGGAUAAACCAGAGGUUUGUCAAGAUGCCCGUAAGGUCAAGACUAAAGGACAGCAUAUUUUCACUGACAAUAAAGCAAAACUGGAAUAUAAGAGAGAGCCUUUUCCAGAAAAACAAAAUGGUCCUGGUAGUCAGGUGAAAGAUGUAGUGGGCAAGGAUGCUGCAGUAACAGCUGCUCCAAAAAAUGUGACUACUGAAGAGUUGGCUUGGAAAGAACAACCUGUAUAUUCUUACCAGCAGAUUAGCUGUUUGGACAGUGUCAUCAGGUACUUGGAAAGUUGUAAUGUGCCUGGCACAGCAAAAAGAAAGUGUGAACCUUCAUCAAGUGUUGCAUCACUGAAUUCUGGAGUUCAUGAACAAAAACCAGCUGCUAUACAGCCUUUGGGAGAUCCUGCUGUGUUGAAGGCAUCUGGUAAAUCAAAUGGUCCCCCAGUGGUUGGUGCUCACUUAACAUCUUUGGCUUUACCUGGCAAGCCUGAAAGUGUUGUGUCUCUCACAAGUCAGUGCAGCUACAGUAGCACCAUUGUUCACGUUGGAGAUAAAAAACCACAACCCGAAUUAGAAAUGAUAGAAGAUGGUCCAAGUGGAGCAGAACUCGUAGACGGCCAGCUUCUUGCCCCUCCAUCCACCUCUGCGCAUGUAAAUCAAGAAAAGGAGCAAUUUAAAAAGCUGGGACUUACAAAGGAAGUCCUUGCAGUGCAUACACAAAAAGAGGAGCAGAGCUUCUUAAAUAAAUUUAAAGAAAUCAAGAGAUUUAAUAUAUUCCAGUCCCACUGCAACUACUACUUACAUGAUAAACCAAAAGGACGACCUGGUGAACGGGGUGGCCGUGGACAAAGAAGUGGCACUUCUGGAAUCGAUCAGACUUGGAAGAAAAGUGGAAAGAACAGGAAAUCAAAGCGCAUUAAACCACAGGAGUCUUCUGACAGUACAACCUCUGGAACUAAAUUCCCCCAUCGGUUCCCUCUUCAAGGCUUAAAUACUACUGCUUGGUCACCAUCAGACACUUCACAAGCGAGCUACUCAGCAAUGUCUUUUCCCACUGUUAUGCCUGCAUAUCCACUUCCUGUUUUUCCAGCAGCAGGAACUGUGCCGCCAGCUCCUGAGACUUCACCCUCUGGUCUUAAUCAGUUGCCAGACUCUGGAAAUACUUGCCCUACGCAACCAUCCCAGUUCUCUGCACCCCUCAUGACGCCUGUCGUAGCUCUUGUGCUCCCCAACUAUGUCUACCCAGAGAUGAACAGUAACUUACCUCAGGCACUUUACCACAGCCAACCCAACUUCCCUGCCCAUUCCGCUUUCUCUUCACAGACAGUAUUUCCAACACAGCCACCGUUUGCUACACCCAGCCCUUUCCCACAACAGGCAUUUUUCCCAACACAGCCAUUCCAUUAUAAUCUGCCAGCAGAGAGUGAAAAGGCUCCUGUCACAGAGCCACGAAAUGAGCCAUCCCGUUCCUGCACUCCGCAGUCUGUGGGUCCUCAAGACCAGGCUUCACCACCUCUGUUCCAGUCAAGGUGCAGUUCUCCUCUGAACCUUCUACAGUUAGAAGAAACCACAAAAACUGCUGAAAGUGGGGCUCCUGCAGGUUUACAUGGAGCUUUGAGUGAGGAAGGAGCCGUAGGCAAAAUCAUGCCAACUGAUAACUGUAGUGGAAAGGGAUCCUUACCAGCUGAAUCUCCAAUGGAUGCUCAAAAUAGCGAUGAACUCUCCAUGUCUAGUGUCCUGCUUGACAUUUUACUUCAAGAAGAUGCAUGUUCAGGCACUGGUUCAGCUUCAUCAGGGAGUGCUGUAUCUGCAGCUGCUGAGUCUCUGGGGUCUGGAUCCAAUGGCUGUGGCAUGUCAGGGAGCAGAACAGGUAGUAGUGAAACUAGUCAUACCAGCAAGUACUUCGGGAGUAUUGAUUCCUCAGAAAAUCAUCAUAAAACCAAGAUGAAGGCAGAAAUAGAUGAAAGUGAGCACUUCAUUAAGUAUGUCCUUCAGGAUCCUAUAUGGCUUUUGAUGGCAAACACGGAUGACACUGUUAUGAUGACUUACCAGAUACCUUCACGAGAUUUGGAAACAGUUUUAAAAGAAGAUAAGCAGAAAUUAAAGCAAAUGCAGAAACUACAGCCUAAGUUUACAGAAGAACAAAAAAGAGAGCUGAUUGAAGUUCAUCCAUGGAUCCAGCAAGGUGGACUGCCAAAAACUGUUGCUAAUUCCGAAUGUAUUUUUUGUGAGGACAAUAUACAGAGCAAUUUUUAUACAUCAUAUGAUGAAGAAAUCCAUGAAAUGGACCUUAAUGAAAUGAUUGAAGACAGUGGGGAAAACAACUUAGUUUCCCUGAGUCAAGUCAGUGAAGAACAAACAUAGCCUUUGAGCCUGUUGUUUUCAAAGCUGCUUCAAAAGUACAGUGAUGAUCCAUAAUGGUUUUAAUCUUGUAUCCAGCAAGAUGAGUCCAGUUCAUAAAAACAUGUGUUUUUCUUGCUCUAGAAGAGUCAUUUGUGAAUGAAUCUCUUUUUAAAUGGUGGCAAUCUCUUCCCAGUAAGGACAUUGUUGAAGAUGGUGUAGCUUUUCUUUAAAAAAGACAGACUCGUAUUUUGCACUUAAAUGCCUCAAGUAUUUCUUUACAGACAAUAGAAACCUUCAUCGAUGCCUACUGUUUUUUGUAGAGUGGGUUAAUGAGUACUGAAAAUCCCCCUACGUACAUACAGGUCUUCAAAUCUCCUUUUGGUAAUGAUUAAGCACUAAAAAUUGUUCUAGCGAUUUUGCUUAGUGGCUCUUUAGCAUUGUUCUUAAUAUUUGAAGUGGUCCAGCAUUGUAGAAGAAAUAACAUUCAAGCAAAUUAAUUCACACUUGCCCUUCUCAUACCAGUUGAUCCCAUCCUCUGUUUCCUAUAGUUUUGAAUGUAGGAACCUUUUUUGUCUAAGAAAUGUUGAACUACAUUUGUAAAAUGGUCUUGGGUUAAAAUACUUACGUGAAUGUGUAAGUACAGAUGAGUGCUGACAACUUUGUAGCCUUUUUAUUUAAAUGGACACUGCAAUACCAUGAACUGUUUAUUACCUUGAAGCAUCAUUUUAAGAAUUUAUACACAAGACAUCUUUAUGCUUAGAGAUUUUAAAAGUAAGACCACAGAGGAUGACCGCGUAUGCUCCAGUGACUGGUAGACAAAGCUUGAUAUGACUUGAACCUUCAUUUCUGAUCUGUUCUGUCAGGAGCUUGGUCAUCAGUUGUUACCGUGUGGCUAAACAAACAUCAAACUUAUAUGUGGCAAGAGAGGAUUAGACAUUUCUUGUCAUUUGAAGAUAGUUCUUA